UCCUCGCUCAUUCUGAAAGGGGGGAUUUGAAGCGAGCUUGCUAAGAUAACUACCAAGAUUAGAGUUAUUGAUUCUUGAAUAUGAUAAGGAGAGGGACUUGAUAGGAGAAUUUCGGGGAUUCGGAAAGUCGGGUGCUUCCUACAACAAGUAUCGGUUUACAGGGAUAUAGCGUGUCAGGAAACGCGGGCUUGCUCCGCCAGGAGAAACAAUAAUUGGCGAACGUACGUUCAACCCAAAUAAGUGAAGUCCCUCUGAGCUCUUAGUAUGAUGGCCCAUCAACCUUGUGAGGUUCCUCGACACCAGCGGGUGUCUCUAGCUAAGCUCGGUAGAAUCGACCCAGACCUAGGGUCUCAACUUGCAACCAGGUGUUGUCGACAUUGUCAACAACAUCCCUCACAUGAUUCACUCUCCGAUUGGGCGUCACAUCGAGUAAUCGCCACAUGA